ACAUUCCCAUCUUCGCCGCUGUAGUCCAGCGGACUUCCGGGACAGCUCAGCGCUUCCACGCAGCAGGUUCCCCCCGCGGUCCUGCUCCUCAGCUCCCGCCAGUUCUACCAGGCAGGUCCUCUGCCGCCUGCUUCCAGAACCAGAACCAGAACCAGCCGAGAGUCGGAGCGCUGACCGGUUCGGUACCGACAGAGGUGUUUAGCCGGGAGGCUAGCGGGGCUAGCUGUGUAGCCAGCGGGCUGAAGGUUUGGUCCGGACGGGGCAGAGAGCGCAGCAUGGCGGCUGGGAGCAGCACCGGUACCGGGGAGGUUCCGACCCGGAGUCAGACUGAAGCCAACAGGAAGUUGAAGUACAUCAGCCUGGCGAUCCUGGUGGUCCAGAACGCAUCGCUCAUCCUCAGCAUCCGUUAUGUCCGCACGCUGCCGGGGGACCGCUUCUUCACCACGUCGGCCGUGGUCAUGGCGGAGGUCCUGAAGGUGACCACCUGUCUGCUCAUCAUCCUGCUGCAGAAGAGAUUCAACGUCAAGGAGACCGCCUGCUUCCUUCUGGACUCCGUCGUCUUUCAGUACAAAGACACCCUGAAGCUGGCCGUGCCGUCGCUCAUCUACACGCUGCAGAACAACCUGCAGUACGUGGCCAUCUCCAACCUGCCAGCAGCCACCUUCCAGGUGACCUACCAGCUGAAGAUCCUCACCACGGCGCUGUUCAGCGUCCUCAUGCUCAGGAAGUCUCUGUCCAGAGUCCAGUGGGUUUCUCUGCUGCUGCUCUUCGCCGGAGUCGCCAUCGUCCAGGUGCAGCAGGAGGGGAACAAGGAGGCGGCGGUGGCGGACGGCUCCUCCCAGAACUACUCGGUGGGCGUGGUGGCGGUGGUGGUCAGCUGCCUGUCGUCGGGCUUCGCCGGCGUUUACUUUGAGCGGAUCCUGAAGGGCAGCGCGGCGUCGGUGUGGAUGAGGAACGUGCAGCUGGGGGUCUUCGGCACGGCGCUGGGGCUGCUGGGCAUGUGGUGGAACGACGGCGGCGCCGUGGCGCGGCGCGGCUUCCUGUUCGGCUACACGGGCAUGGUGUGGUGCGUGAUCCUGAACCAGGCGUUCGGCGGGCUGCUGGUGGCGGUGGUGGUGAAGUACGCCGACAACAUCCUGAAGGGCUUCGCCACGUCCUUCUCCAUCAUCGUGUCCACCGUCAUGUCCGUCUACCUGUUCUCCUUCCACGUGGACCUGCUCUUCACGGCGGGGGCGGGGCUGGUCAUCGGCGCCGUCUACAUGUACAGCCUGCCCAAGGCGCCCGGCGCCGCCCUCCCCCCCGGCGCCGCCUCUUCCUCGCCGGCCCCGCAGACGCUGAGGACGGAGGGGAGCGGCCAAAUGGAGGCGUUUCUGCCAAAAGCUCCUGCCGCCAGCGACACAGACUAAUUGCUGGAAGCGGAGGAGGAAGGAGCUGCGGCGCCCCCUGCUGUUCUCUCUGCCUUACAGCUCUCUGCUAGCUAACGGCUAACGUUAGCUCUGGAGGGUCUCUGGUGGCGUUUGGGCUCGGUGCCUUUCUCUCUCAGCUGAACAGAAGCCAUACGCUGGUUCUGAGCUCGGACCGGACCAUCGGGGGGGUUCUGCUGCUCAUUGGUGUCUGAAUGGUCGUGUUUCCCUCUUUUGUCUCCACCUGGACUCUGACACACCUGGAGGAUUUAAACUUUAACCUCAGUUCUGGAUGAACGCCUGAAAUCAUUAAAAUCUGUUCAAAGGUUCCUAAAAGGCAAAGUUGCUCUGAUUGUUCUGCUAGCGCCAUCGUCCUGAUAGAACCGGUCCAUCUGUGGUACUGGGCGGGGCCAGCUGCUUGGCCACACCCCCUGCUCAAUGUUAGCCCCGCCCACCUCCCAGACAGCUGCUCCCCCUGCUGGCAGACGCUGGUAUGACCGCCCUACAGUCCUGCUCUGCGGUCCAGGCGGGUUCUGAAGGAGACGGUUCGGUUCUGAAGGGAUCAGGCAGCUGAUCACCGCCGUCUGCUGGACAAAGGAGAAAAAUCCUGAAACGGAACCAGGAGAACAUCAGGGUUCCUUUAUCCCUCCAUGUUUGGAACAAAAUCUGAUUAAUACCAAUUAUAAUGAAUGUAAAUAACGGUUCUGACAUUUCCCAGAGGUCACAGCGAGCAGAACCGCAGUGAAAGCUCCCAGAUGGACCGGGUCAUUAAAGAACCUUUGAACAGAUUUAAUGCUUCUUUAAUUCUCACAUUAGGAGCUGGAAUAACUUUCAGGGCCCUGAUUGGACUCCUCCAAACCUCUCCAUCCAGUCAGAGGUUCUAAUCCACGGCCAAAGGUCCAGUUGGGUUUGGUUCUGACUGUCUGGGGUUAGCCUCUGAGGUCCGGUCCAUGUGGAGACAGAAAACCCGGAUGAUCAGAACCGCAGAGCGGUGAAGGUCUUCAUGGAAGUGAGGAGGGUCAGGCUUUAUCAGAACCAGCAGGUCCAUUCAGGCGUAUCAUGUUAAUGAGAUCAUUUAGGGUUCUGGUCGGUGAAGAGGUUUGAUUUGGGUUAUCAGGGUUUUAGUUGGUUCAGAUUUUGAGGUAUUCUUUAUUUGGUGGUUUCUCAGAAAGUCGUUUUUUUUAUUUUAUCGUCUUUAAAGCGAGGCUUCAGUUUUCCAGAAGCCUCUGACGUGGUUUAAGGUGCUGAACAUGAUCUGAAGUAGUUGGACCUCCAGGAUCUGAAGAUGGUUCCUCUCUAAGCGCUUGAUUUCCGGUUCUGUCGUCCUCUUUGGGUUCUGAGUUUGUUUUUUCAGCAACGUUCAGAAUAAUCCUCCUGGUUUGUGGCGACAGCGUUGGCAGCCUGCUGCCGCCUUAGUGGGAAUAAAUCAGAAUUACUCUGGUAAACUGGGACAGAAGCAGGUCUGAGCUCGUUGCUCCGGCUUCAUCAGAACCUGAUGGUGUUGGGUCCGUUUGGGCCGGUCUGGGUUUGGGUCUUUCCUUUCCGCCACUUUUCUGCAUGAGGACCAAAUGAUAUCAGGGAGCUGAACAGUUUAUCAGUUUAUAUCAAACAUUUUCCAUUAAAACCUUUUUUAUUCACCCAAAAUGAAAUGCCAAAAAUGAUCCUAAAACGUCUUUUCUUUUGUCUGAAUGUUUAUUAUAACUUUUUCAUCACCAUUAAGUUAUUAAUGUUAAAUUAAUGUAAAAAAAAAAUUCUUCCUCAAAGGAAAUGAAUAAAUGAACACAAAUAUAUAAAAUGACAUGUAGAUUGUAGGUAAAUAUUGUUUCUGUUGAUAAUUUAUCUUUUGAAUUAUCUGUUCUGACACAUUUUUAUCUCUUUUUUUUUUUUGUAAAAGUUUUUCUUUGUUUUUGUUUUGGAAAAAUAAAAGAUAUAUGACGGAAAAGAAGCUAAAGCAUAACUUGUUGCUGUCAAUAAGCUGAAUAUUUUGUUUACACUUUGAAGUUUAAAUAUUUGAAGAGCAGAAAAUAUGUUUCACUUUUGUUGAUGGACUCUUGAUAACUUCUUCUGAACAUGAUGCAGUUUGUGUUUGGGUCGCCUGCAGCGCCCCCUGCUGGUAGAACUGUCCUGGUUCUGGUUCCUCUCUGUUUGGGCCGUUUGUUCGGCUGACUGCGUUGAUUGUGUCCCAGUUUGUGGGUUUGUAAAAACUUCUUUUGGUAAAGUUUACUACAACAAACACUAAA